AAACAAUGAGUUUGGAGAUUUCCCCCGGCGUGAGAGCGCGGACUGAAAGCUGGGUGUUCAAAGGGUGUGUGGGAACGGACCGAGACCCGCAUCUUCUGGGCAAAGUUUUCUGGGAGAUGGAAGAAGAGAGGGUCGGGACUGAGUUGCUGGUGCUUGGGGACAGAGCAGCCCGAGCUGCGCACCAAGGCUCAGAGUCGGGCGGGAGAUGCGGGGAGAGGGAGGGGGCGGGGAGGGAGGGGAGGGAGAGAGGAGGAAGGGGUGAGAGGGAGAAACCUGCCGCGGCUCUCCGCCUCUUUGUCUGCUCUGGGACUUGGAACAAAAGGGGGAACUCUGAUGAACUCCUUCUCCCGCUCCCUGGACGCCCGAGUACCUCUUUCUCCCAACUUUGUCAACGCGACUUUCUCCGCUGUCAGGCUGCGCAAAAGUGUCCUAGCGCCUCGCAGGCUGCAACAAUGGAAACAAUGUCCCUUCAAAGUGCGACGAAGUGGAGGGAGAAGGUGUCAUACCAGCGGCUCCAAGAGUCAUGUCACGCACUUAGCAGGAGUACAUCUACUGAAAUGCCUUCGAAUUAUUCUUACUGGAUAUAUAACCUACCAACCACUAUCAUGGAGCUGCCAGGACCACAGCAAGUUAGUACUGGACGAAAUACCAUCAACUUCUUCAUUUAGGGUUUCUUCAGUUAAAUUGUUGGGAUUUUUUGACAAGGCUUUCCUUAUGUGGAUUAUUGGAGUGUGAUGCCCGGGAAUUCUCUACUUAUAGAAGUACUCCCGUGUGGCUGCAGAAGCCUUCCCACCCAGCACAUUCAGAAAGUACUGUCUUAAACCUCACCCAUGUCAGUGGAGGCAGCAUUAUCAUCAUUAUUGUCGUCAUCAUCAUCAUCAUCAUCAUCAUCAUCAUCAUCAUCAUCAUCAUCUGAGAAAAAGAAAUAUGCCUUUAUGAAUGACAUAAGAAGAUGUGAAUGAGUGAUGGCCAUCCAGUGACCAGCUGGGACUGACUGCCUUACAAGACGCCAUGUGUAUGAUUAAGAGACAUACAUGCGUGACUCCCAUUUACCUCCUUCCUGUCCCACAGAGUUACUGAAGGGAGUGAGUUAUGGGGUAACAUAUAACACGGCAGGCUUUUCCUCAAGAUAGCCCUUGUCAAAACAGGAAGAUGAAACUCAGGUUUCAACGAGGAGUCCACAACUUGGGAUCCUGUCUUAAUUACAAGCAGACACGUCUUCAGACUUUUCUGUUUCUAACUGUCAUGCCCCCAAGGAGAUGUCUGCUGAGAGGUAGAAUCACCUACGGGAGUCCUGCCACUAUUUGCAGAUGCUUCGACAAGUUCAGCCUCAGACUUGGGAGUCUAACGGUGUUAGCAGCUGAGUCCAUAGGUGGUUGUUUUUAUUGUCCCAUUGGCAUGGAUUUCUUCAAGAAGAGGAGGAGGAGGAGGAAGAGGAGGAGGAGGAAGAAGAACAAGAGGAAGAAGAAGAAGAAGAAGAAGAAGAAGAAGAAGAAGAAGAAGAAGAAGAAGAAGAAGAAGAAGAAGAAGAAGAAGAAGAAGACCAACAACAACAUGUUGCAUGGUGCCAGCGCUAUGGAACAUAUUGGGCUGAGCUUUGAACAGCUGGGGAUGGCAGUGAGUCCCAACCCCUCUAGGAGGAAUCCCAGAACUGCCAAGUCAUCAGACUUGAAGAGGAAAGGGACCAAGAAAGGCUAUGAGGCUGAAGUUGGGUGAGAGCCACUCCACACCUGCCCUGGAUGGACAAGGCAAGGGUUUUUCAUUACAUUCUUUCACAUUGCUUUCCAAGAUGGGUUCCUACAGAAGAAGGUAUCCGUGGGGAAGAGUCAGAAUUGAGCUUAGCUUUGCUGUCCACCAUGUCUUAUUUUGAGAAUUUACUUACUGUUCAGAUUCAGUUUCUUCCUGUGCAAUUGAAAUGUACUUAUUCACUUCAUCUGAUUUUUUUGGGAAGAGUAAUAUUAAGUGAAAUAAAACAUUGAAUAUUUCUAAGACAGCUAUGUAGACAGCUAUGUAAGACACACAGACACCUCUGUGCACAUAUACCGUUAGUUUUAAUUUCUGUGUUUCUUAGAUGAAUUGAUGCCAAUCUUUUCUUUUUUCUUUUGGUUGUGCUAUGUAUUAAACCUGGAACUUAAUGCAUCAAGGCAAGCACUCUACUACUGAGCCAUACCUUAGCUCCACUGGUAGAUUCUCAAUAGGAUCUAACUCUGAGCUCAGAUAGUAGGCAGGCACUCUAUAGUUGAGCCACCCUCCUAAACCCUGACUAGUGGAUUCAGAGAGGCAGGUCCUCUACUGCUGAUCCCUGCCCUCAGCUCCUCCUUGUCAGAUCCUAGGCAAACAUUAUAGUACUGCACUAUGCACGUAAUCCCUCAAUAGUAAACUGUACACACUACCAUUAAGCCACAUGGCAACCCUUUAUUGGCCUACUGAUGAUGUUACAAGCAUUUUUGAACACACCUAUUGACUAAGACAAUGUCUUGACUCUGGGGGAUGUUCCCCACAUUUUUGUAUUGGUCUUGUAAUAUGGUGUUCUUUAGGGAAUUAUCUAGUAGAAACAUAUGUCUUAAGUUGGAGAGAGAAAAAUCUUAUACUUUAGUUCAAAUUAAGUAUGCUCCUUUAAACAAGCAAACAAACAAAAACAACAACAACAAC